AUGCGCUCUGUUCUCGCCUACGUGCUGGCCCUGUUGGGCCACAGCGCGACCCUCGAAGUACCAGUCGGCGUCCCGGGCCUCGUCUUCACCGAGGGUUACCAAGCCGAGGUGUACAACCGGUCCGCGUCCUUCCACCCAAACUUCAGCUUGAACACUGCGGCGGGAGUCCAAGCCAACGGCCAGCUAGUCGUUCCCGACGUCGACCUCUACUUUGGCGGAACGACAGGCCUGGGAAGAGCGGCUUUCGUCCAGGCCCUGGCUUUCGAUCCCUCUGGGGGCCUUCGAGCCCAGUUUCUCGAUCGAGUCAUCAUUGUCGAGGGCAACAUCGCCAUGCUCCUGAGUGACAGCAGAAUCACCUCAAACAGCUCUGACGCUCACAUCGAGACGUCCCUGGCCGAGACGAUGCUAUUCGACAAGGAGCCUCUGUUGACGCGCAUCGUCAGCAUCAGCGAGGGCGGACUCACGGCCGCGCAGAAUGCCGGCCAGGUCACCGCACCGCCUCUCCAAGACAUUGUUCUCAACCCCAUUGCCAACAAGUCCUCCGACUUUACCUUCAAAAUCAAGGAGAAGGCCGCGCAGUUCGUCACCAACUUCAACAGCGGAAACGCUUCCGCCAACGGUCUCCUCGCCACGGACGAUGUCACCGUUGUUUCCGAUGGCCGCAAUGCAACAGGCCGUGCCUCGCUCGUUCACCUCUUCACACGAUACAACACCUCCGUGCCAGACCUGCUCCUCCACGACGAGUUUGUGAUUGCUCAGGGCAACUGGGCUGCCACCGAAUACAUCUUCCAGGGCACGCGUAACGGCACCUUUACGAUGGUCAACGGCACGGAGAUUGCUCCCAAUGGGCUUCAGUAUCGGUCUCGAGGCAUGCGGUUUUUCAGAUUCAAUGACGAUGGCCUGGUUGAUUUGUUCUGGCAGGUUGCUGAUAACGAUAUCUUUGUCAAUCCUUUGAAUUUAUUGAACCCUGUCACGACUCUGAGCACCGUUGCGCCGGAGUGUGUCGCUCAACUGUCGCAAUAG